AUGUUCAUGGAUCGCGAAGCGGCCGAGGUGUUGGAAACUUCUGCUGCACAACUACGAGCAACUAUGAUACAAGCUAGAAUCACUUACCCACUUGAGUUUCCUCUUGCGCUUGAUCCAAUGUUGGGAAAAAAAUUGCAUUCAAGGUCCUCUAGAAAUAAAUUAGCCAUGCCUACACAUUCAAGAGACCCCAUAUUCCAUGCAGACACUUUUCAUUUCUUCAGCAUUAUGUCGUUUCCUUCAUCCAGGAUGAUGGUGAUAUUACAUCACCCCAUGUUCCCGAUCCUUCUACCCCUAAAGCUAAUGUGA